UCUGCAAAUCCACUUGUUUACAUCGUCACUGCUUUCUUGCACCGAUAUGUUAAGUUCGUAAACCAAUAUCCACACUAUCUCCUUCAGCGGUUAGUGAUUUAUGUCCUGUCAUUGUUGUGCAAGUCUUAUCUCUCCUGUGACUCACUAUGACUCGGUGGGCGCCCUCAUUUCAUGGCGGGGAUCAGCAGAAAUAAGGUCUGCUUACAAUUUGCGGGUAUGGCGCGACAAUGCUUAGAUAUGGACGUUCUCUACCGAACCUCCUGAAGCCCAUGAUCGGGAUUUGUCAUGCGCAAAAGUAAUACCCUACCCUGGGAACAUCUUCGACGCGCUACGUAUAAAUGCGGGGAACGUUCGAGGUGCUCCAUCGGAUUCCGCUACAGCACCAUGUCAAACACCCCUGUUACCGAAAUCAUCACGCUCACGAGCAAUGAUGCGAUGAAGACAACUCCCAAGUUCCAGGAGGCCGUCGAGCUCUUGCGCCAGUCCACUUUUGAAGGCCUCCAACAGAUGUACUGGGGCGAUCGCGUCCAGCAGCCUGGAAUUAGGCAGUGGUUCAUCAAUUGGGAUCACCGCCCUCAGAGGUCUGAGUCGACGGCCGCGAUAGCGGCGCAGAUCAAAGAAAAGCUCGAAGCAGUUGUUGACUCUCCUCCGACGCGCAGGCUCGUCGCUUUCAAUCCCUACCCACCUACCAAAUGCUUUGCCGCGCCGUUCACAGAAGUCAUUAUUAGCACUGUGAAGCCUGAAACCGACCUGAAUGAAUUCAGCAAGAUCGUCGACGCAUCGUUGGAAGUGUGCCAUGAUUUUGAGGGAUGCUACGGAACUGCGUGGGGAUACGUCGUCGAUGCAAAAGACGCAAAGGAAGUAGUGCUGUUGCUUGGAUGGGAGAGUCCAGAGCAUCAUGUUGCGUUCAUGCAGACGGAGCCUGCUAGGAGAACAACACUUCCUUACGUUGAGGGAGUAGAGGACUCGACUGUCUUCUACGUUCAGUCACAAGAUGCAUGAGGAUAAUCCAUGAAUCAGAGAAGGGUGAAAGUGAUUGUUCUAGUAAUACAUUGUGACCUUGUUGCAAAUAUCUAUACAAUCAUGAUCAUGUUUAUCAUAUGCCCGACAUUCCCUUGCCCUUGUUGUCCAUCAAGCUUCCACGCGCAGCAUUCAUGGUUGUUGUUCCUGAGGUGAUGCCAUUUCCGGCCUGAUCUUUCCCCUUCUCCAGAAUG